AUGAAAUUCUUAAAUUCCACCUUUUUAAUAUUGGUAUUAUUGGCCAGUUGUUUGGUGAUGACAAGCUUUGAAUCCAAUCAUUUUAUGGUCAUGGCUGCUCCUACAGGAUCUUCAUCUGAGGAAAUCUCAUCAUCAUCAGUGGAAGAGGAGCAAGCUCCAGUUUCAUCUGCAGCUCCAACUCCAACUCCAUCUGCAGCCCCACCAAAAGUAAAACCAUCAUCGAAAUUGGAAGCAUCAGAAUCAUCAGAGGAACCUAUGACCGAGGAGACCUCGUCAUCUCAAGAAGAGCCAGAACAAUCAUCAUCAUCGUCACAAGAACCACCAAAGGUAAAUCCAUCCUCGAAAUUGGAAGAGUCAUCAGCUGACCAAUCAUCAUCAUCAUCACAAGAACCACCAAAAGUAAAUCCAUCCUCGAAAUUGGAAGCACCAGAAUCAUCAGAGGAGCCUAUGACCGAGGAGACCUCGUCAUCUCAAGAAGAGCCAGAACAAUCAUCAUCGUCGUCACAAGAACCACCAAAAGUAAAUCCAUCAUCUAAAUUGGAAGAAUCAUCAGCUGACCAAUCAUCAUCAUCAUCGUCGUCACAAGAACCACCAAAAGUGAAACCAUCAUCGAAAUUGGAAGAAUCAUCGGCUGGCCAAGCAUCUGAAUCAUCAGAACAAUCGCCAUCAUCAUCACAAGAACCACCAAAAGUGAAUCCAUCAUCGAAAUUGGAAGAAUCAUCAACUGACCAAUCACCAUCAUCAUCAUCACAAGAACCACCAAAAGUAAAUGAAUCAUCAGAGUCAUCAGCCGACCAAUUAUCACCAGUUCAAUCAUCAGACCAAAAUGUAGACGGUUCCACAAUCGAAUCGCCCAACGCUCCAACUUCCCCAGCAACUGUACUGUAA